AUUUGCUGUUAAAUAACCAAAUUAAAUUUUGCCGUAUAGGCCUAUAGUUUUAAGUUAUGCUGUGCCUAUGUGGUGUUGAUAAAUUAAGAGGGCAUUCAUCUGCUUGCCAGUCUGUCUGUCUGGUGCUGUUUGCCUUUUUGUCGCCAUGAGGGAUGGAUCAAUACCCUAAUUAGGCUAACUGAUGUGAGGUGACUAGUCGCAGGUGUAGCGACUCGACCCGCUUUUUGCCAUCGGGAAGAGAAGAGGUUAGAACGGCCAAGCAGCUCAGAAGCGCCGCCGAGGUGGAACAUGAUCGAUGGACAUCCAUUGAUUAAUCGAUAACAAAACGUCAGUCGUCAGCUCCAGAGAUAAGGUCAACCUUUUUAAGGUGGCAGGAAAAUAGGAGAACUCCUCAAAGGAAACAGACCCAGACAAUUAUCCACAUCCAUCAAACUCUUCACCUGCGGCCAGGGCUGUGUAUGUGUGUGAGAUUCUCAAAUGUCAAUUGAAACCGACCAGGUCAAACAGUCACACAGUCUGAUUACGCGCAAAAGGAAAAAAAAUGGUUAAGCAAAAUAUUCUUGUAUGUUCAUUCGUAUACUUGAAAUAUUAAUUAAACACACUACUCAACCUGAGGUUGGUGCACAUUCAGAAGCAUACAAGUAACAUACUCACAGCUGUAGGAAGAAAGGACGCGCGAGGUGACCAAUCAGAGCCCGGGAAGGUGACUGUGGGCGGGAGGCUCGGACAGGGUGCCUUUCGAACUCCAAAUCUGCACUGCUGCCACAGUCCGCUGCUGCCCUGAACACCCUAGGAGGCACAAAGUUGGUGCAGACUCUCCGUCUUCUGUUUGUGUGUGUUUGUUUGCGGUACGUGUUUACAUUGAGCUGAGAGCACCACGAUUCUAAAAUCGUCAGGGUUUUUACGACGGUGCACUGAAGGACGGAUUACAGACUACGUCGCAGUGGAUGAUUUAUUCGGAACCGCAGCCGCCUGUUUUGUUUUCGUUGCCCCAAAAAGAAGAGUGGAAUGCGGCGGUCGUGGUGACGGGAAAGAGGAGUCAGAGGUUGGUAUCGCUUGGCACGGACUGAAAGGUUUGGAAACAGCGGGGUACCCUGUUCCUUCGAGUGCUGCGGUAUCUUCGUUCACCAGAACCCGCACGAAGACCAGAACCACUUCCUUCUCCCGCUGGUGUGAGAACGGCACACCGAAACUGGACUCGGUAGUAGGACAAGAGAAACGAAGGGAUAAUAUCAUACUUUAUUCAGUCCCCUCAACUCGGCAUAGUUUUCCCUGAGAAAGGGAGUAAUUCUGAUAAAGUAAACUACUUUCUUGGACAUCGUAAAGAGGGACAUUUGUCACCUAUAAGUUAGUAUUUAUUUGUUUGGAGUUCUUUGAGCGUUUCGCUCAUAUAACAUUUUAUGUUACUGUUGUUAACUGAGGUUAGGACGGGAAAUAUAUAAAUUAAAGACUUCAUAUGACGUUGAGAAGUCAUGUGUAGCCCACUCUGAUUUUUUUGUUCCUCGCGGGAGACAAGUGUCCGACAGGCGCGUAUUCACUGAUGUGGGCAGCAGGGCUUCAGGCUGAGAGACGGCCUAGCUGACAGGACAGACUGUGAAGGACACUUUGAAGUUUCGGUUGAGAUUGUACAUUGGUGGAAUCGCCUACCGUCCACGGUUUAUCGCGCUGUUCAGCAAGCCGAGUCCGUGACAGCUGAAAAUGGAGCGUGUCCUGCGGACGACUGUAUUCGCGCUGUGGCUCUCACUCACAGGAUUGACCGGGCCGUGUACUGCAGAUGAAGAGGUCUUGAUGAAUUCCAAGUUGGCGACAUCGGAUCUUAGGUGGACAAUCCACCCAUCUGAUGACCCACAGUGGGAGGAGGUCAGCGGUCGUGACGAGGGCGAGGGCGAGGGCGUGCGCACCCUCCAGCUGUGCCCGGGCGACGGCGGCAGCGCUAGCCACUGGCUGCGCACGCGUCUGAUCCCGCGGCGCGGCGCCUCGCAGGUCUACGUGGAGCUGCGCUUCACCAUGAUGGAGUGCUCAUCGCUGCCCGCUCAGGCACACCGCUCCUGCAAGGAGACCUUCAACCUCUACUACUACCAGGCCGACAGCGACGAGGCCACCGCCACACACCCCGCCUGGAUGGAGAACCCCUACACCAAGGUGGACACGGUGGCGGCGGAUUACCUUCUGCGUCGCGGCGGCGAGCGUCGCUCCAACACGAAGACGCUGCGCAUCGCGGGCCUGUCGCAGCGUGGCUUCUACCUGGCCUUCCAGGCCCAGGGCGUGUGCAUGGCGCUGCUCUCCGUGCGCGUCUUCUUCAAGAAGUGUCCGGCGCUCACGCGUGCCUUCUCCACCUUCCCCGAGACGCUGCCCCACAGCCUGGUCCAGCAGGCCACGGGAGCCUGCGUGCCCAAUGCCGGCCCGGCGGUCAGCGCGGCCAACGGCGUCCAGUCGGCGCCAGCGCUGCCCACCAUGUUCUGCGGGGAGGACGGCCAGUGGGUGGGAAUGCCCACGACCAGCUGCACGUGUCAACCGGGGUAUGAGCCACAGGACGUGGACCUGCACUGCAGAGACAGAUAUUUAACUAAUACUCUAUCCUGUUUCUCCCUUCUUUCUCUUUCUCCCUCUCUUUUUUCCUCCCCCUAUCUCUGUGUGUGUGUGUGUGUGUGUGUGUGUGUGUGUGUGUGUGUGUGUGUGUGUGUGUGUGUGUGUGUGUGUGUAGGUGAAUUUGGCGAGGUGUGCCGCGGACGGCUAAAGAUCCCCGGCAAGAAGGAGAACUAUGUGGCCAUCAAGACGCUAAAGGGCGGCUACACAGACAAGCAGAGGCGGGACUUCCUGUCGGAGGCGAGCAUCAUGGGCCAGUUCCAGCACCCUAACAUCAUCCACCUGGAGGGAGUCAUCACGGCCAGCUGUCCCGUCAUGAUCCUCACCGAGUACAUGGAGAACGGAGCGCUCGACUCCUUCCUCAGGCUGAAUGAUGGGCAGUUUACCCCUAUCCAGCUGGUGGGCAUGCUGCGUGGCAUUGCCUCGGGCAUGAAGUACCUGUCGGAGAUGAGCUACGUGCACCGGGACCUAGCGGCACGCAACAUCCUGGUCAACAGCAACCUGGUGUGCAAGGUGUCCGACUUCGGCCUGUCCCGCUUCCUGCAAGAGAACUCCUCAGAUCCUACAUACACCAGCUCACUGGGAGGUAAGAUCCCAAUCCGUUGGACCGCUCCUGAGGCCAUCGCCUUCCGGAAGUUCACCUCGGCCUCGGACGUCUGGAGCUACGGCAUCGUCAUGUGGGAGGUCAUGUCCUUCGGAGAGAGACCCUACUGGGACAUGAGCAACCAGGACGUGAUAAACGCCAUCGAGCAGGACUACCGUCUGCCUCCUCCGCCCGAGUGCCCGUGGGCCCUGCACCAGCUCAUGCUGGACUGCUGGCAGCGGGAGCGAUGCUCGCGUCCACGCUUUGCUGACCUCGUGUCUGCCCUUGACAAACUCAUCCGCAACCCCGCCUCACUCAAGGUCACCACGCACCACGGCGACGGGCCCUCUCACCCUCUCCUAGACCAGCGGCCGCCCCCUCCACUGUCCCAGUGUGCAUCUGUGGGCGAGUGGCUGCGGGCCAUAAAGAUGGGCCGCUACGAGGACAACUUCAUCCAGGCCGGCUUCACCUCCUUUGAGCUGGUGUCACAGAUCUCAACCGAGGACCUGUUGCGUAUAGGUGUGACCCUUGCUGGCCAUCAGAAGAAGAUUCUCUCCAGCAUUCAAACGCUUCGAGUUCACGGGAAGGGCCCCAGCACCCUCCGUUACUAAGCAACAGAGUCAACCCCUCACCCCACCCCCAACCUUGCCGCUUAAUCUCCCCUACAUUGCAGCAGCUCCAGGACCCUUUGCCUUUGACUGAGCUAUUCACCGGCGGAGAAGUCAUCACAAUGCCCCAUCAUCAAUCACUGCCAUGUCCCCCAUACAGCAGCCUCAUCAGCAGAUGUGAUGACGUGGUGACUGAAUGCAGUUGGAACACCAGAAAAGGGGACAUCACAAUAGCAGCGCUGUGUCAUCUAUCUGACAUAGAGGGAAUCUGAUGACGUCACAACAGUUAGCAGUCAACUAGUGAUGCCACAGUUCUUUUCAGGAUUAUGACCUCAUUGUACCAGCAGUCUGCAUUCAAGCAAUCACUGUUCAUGAUGCCGUGAUCUCCAGUUAGGACUACAACUUGGAGAUGACAUCACAAUCAAACACAUGCAAUACUGACCUCUCCACUGUGCCACACUAAGUGAAUGGCCAAAGCUCUUGGUGGAAGACGUAGCUUUUCUCUGUCCAGCAUUGACAAAAAUGGAUUUGGGAAACAAAGUGAAAGUAAUGGACUGAUUGUUGACAGACUAAUAAAAGAGACAGAAAGAGUGUGUGUGUGUGAGAGAGAGAGUUCUCUCUGAACUGCAUGUCUUUUUCACAUGACUAGAAGACCACAGCGAUUCAAAAUGGCCGCCAGCAAUUCCCCUCUGGAGGACCUUGUGUUCCUUUGUGGUUUUCCCUGUCCGAGUUCCUCCUCCUCUUCCUCUGUGGGUUUCCAACAAGAUUCUCAAUGACAAGGACCUCAGAACAAUACACACACCCACACACACACACACAGUUACACACACACACACACACACACACACACACACACACACACACACACACACACACACACUCACACUCACACACACAGUUACACACACACACACACACACACACACACACACACACACACACACACACACACACACACGCCCUUAUUUAGAAGAGCACUUUCACCACAUACUUGUAGGUUGUGUGUCUGUAUGUGUGUUUUGCGGUGUGCGUGGAGAGGAAGCAUUGGCCAAAGAGAGGAAAGGAGGGAGAACGCAGAUCACGUUAGUCUUCCUCCCUGGAGACACUGAGCUCUCGCUAAGAUGGAGACCUGCGAGGGGACCUUUUCUUCAGGGUUUUAAAACAAUUAAGGAAUAUUUUAGAGACUCUUUUUUUUUAGCAUCAUCUAAGGAGACAGGUUACCAAGGCGACACCUCCAUGUGGCCUCAAGGGUGGGGCUUUGACAGUUGAACUGUGCCUAGCGGAGCCCCCACCUCCACAUCCAAAUAUGAACUGUCCAAUGAACAGCUCUGAACUUUUAACCUUGACAACGCCAUGGCAAUUCAGCCUAUUUGAAAUCUGGGAGUUGAAUAAGGAUCUUCACAUUGAAGGUCUAUUAUUAUAUUAAUAAUUAUUAUUCUAGUCAACCAAGGAUUUUUUAAAGAUAAUUUUCUGCCUUUUGUAUGUAAAAAACAUUAAUAUGAAUGAAUAUAUAUUAGUGAGCAAACAUUUGGGAGUUCAACAAGUCAGACUUUUCUGUCUGGACGGUAUGUAAUCGCUGUGUUUAAUCACAAUAAAGAUUUCUACUGUGGUCCCA